AUGCCAAAAGCGCUGAUGGCGUUGUUGAUAGUUCAAGCUCCUCUCACUCACAUCCACGGCGGCGUCUGCAGUCCAAGUCUCACUUACCUAAGACUUCAAUCGAACCACAUCCAGACUGUUGAAAGACACGACCUCGACGACUGCUACAAUCUGACGUACCUCAACAUGGACGACAACGACAUUGACUACAUAUCGCCCACAGCGUUUGACGGGAUGAAAAAUCUGGAAUCGCUGCGGCUAGAGAACAACAGGCUGGUCCACAUCCCCACGACCAUCGGUAACUUGACGUCGCUCAACUUCCUCUAUCUCGAGGGCAACCGUCUGGAAUGUACCUGUCAGACGCUGUGGUUCCUACAGUGGCGGCAGAGCAAUCUCAAGGCCCACAUCAGUGGCCGGUGCUCUCUGUUAGGGAUUGAACUCGCAGACUUCCACUCUCAUUGUACUGGAAGCAUUGUUGGUUAA